AGAGUUUUAAUACAAUGGAAUCUUUCAUCCGACCUCCCUUCAACAGUUCAAAACCAACGAUUUGUAAUUUUGGUUUAAGUCGCACAAUGUACGGUAAUUUUGGGCAUUCAUUGCCUUCAUUACAUGGCAUACCCAUGCUUGCUUCGGAAACGUUUUGUGCGGUACCUGGUCGAACGUCGUUGCUCAGUUCAACUACAAAGUAUCACGUCACAAUUGGAGAAAUUUAUAGGCGUAUUUCACCGCCAGAAUGUCUGAAUGCCUCGCUACUUGGAGGAAUUUUGCGAAAAGCUAAAUCAAAAGAUGGUGGGAAAACUUUGCGUGACAGCCUGAAGCGAGUUGGAUUAACAUUGCCGGCUGGGCGACGAAAAGCUGCUACUGUCACGGCAUGGACGGCAUUAGUGGAAGAGGAAGCUCUACAAAUGGCUAGAGAUUUUGCGGCUCUUAGUGAGAAAGCAUUCCCAAUACGGCAAAUUGCUGAAUUUAUUUGUAAUCGAAUAAUUUGGCAAGAUGAUCCGCGUGAAUGCUGCACUCUCAUCGAACAUACAAGACUACUUAUCAAAGAAUUGUCGAGUAUUGUCAAUAGUGAAUUUUCUGGGACUGUAUUUGGUAGUCAACAGAAUCCAAACACAUUAACUACUCCCGCUAUACAGCAUGGCCUUGCACACUUCUCCCUGUUAACGCAUGGUUUUGGACCUUUGGCAUUUGUGACUGUGUUCGAUACGAUUAUUGUUAUGCUUGAUGAAAUGUUGAGAUGCUAUGAUCGAAAUGAGCAGCAUUUAAAUAUUCCAUUAUCGGAGAUAUCCGUAACUCAUAUACCAUAUAGUCGCUUCACCUAUACCAAUGAUGUGUAACCUUUAACCUCUCCACUUUUUAUAAAAAUCUAAACUUCAAUGACGAAAG